UUUCGAUUGGGCUUUAAAAGACGAGUUUUGGGGGUUUGGCGGAUCUAGGGGAAGGGGCUAGGGUGCCCGACCCCCUCCCCACUUAUCUUGGAUAAAAAGUGAAUGCAGUGGGAAGAACCCGGUGGUCUGUUCGGUCGGCUUAUUUUUAUUUCAGAGUGAAGACUGAGCCGAGGAAUCUCGUUUCCAUGGUGCGUGAAUAGCAAAAUGGCGGUAUUUCCUCAAGUCAGAUAGUCAGAGCACUUUUUAUUGCUCCAAUCAUGACUUCUCUGAAGAAUUGUGACCCGCAGUUAAGACGAUAUCUACUUGAACAUCGGCUUCCGGAUAUAUUUGAGGUAUCUUCGCUAGAUGUUUUUUCAGGUGUUUUCAUAGAUAAGCCGCACCCCCGCUUUGGGAGCAAUUUUUCGUGGAAAAAGGUGCGGCUUAUACACAGGGAUUCUUUCAUUGAUGAAAGAUAUCGACCCAAGAACAGAGUGGUAAAGGCUUCAGUACUGGAUUUUCUGUGGUCAUACGAAGAUGAAAACUCACAGCCAACUCCUGAAAUGUACCAAAAAGCCUACAACUCGUACAAUCUUAAACUAAAGGCAUCAUGUUUCAGUGCCUGGAUGCGUUAUCACAAGUACAUGAGAAGAAAGAAGGCUAUAUUAGCCAAGAAACAAGAAAAUGCUCGGAUUUGGCAUCAGCAUAGAGUACAGAGGAUACAUCUUGGAUAUUGGAUUGAAUGGGCUUCUGAGAGAAAGGAAAGGCAGCAUGUUAUCUCCUCAAGGAUCCGCAGAGUCCUAGCAAUGUCGUUGUUACGUGUGGUGUUUGAUGCGUGGCAUAGUGUUGCUGUGGAUGCAAUGAAGACAAAGGAGUAUUUUGAGCGAAUUGAAAGAGGAGAGAUCAUCGACUCAGCGUACGAGGGGUUCUUCCGUGUUAGAACAGAUGGCAAAGAUGAAAUUUCAUCACUACCAAAACAUGUUGCGUUAAGGAUUUUCAGUUAUGUGAGUGUUGGUGACUUGGGACGUUGUGCUCGGGUGUGUAGAAACUGGAAGGUGUUAAUUGAAGCCAACAUUCUCUGGAGUAAGGUUGAUUUCUCCAUUUUGAAACACAGUGCAACAAAUAAAGUAGCAGCUAACGUAAUCCACAAAUGCCGUCCAUUCCUGGGGCAUUUAAAUCUUCGCGGAUGCUAUAAUUUAACCAGUGAGAGCAUCAAACUCGCAGCUCAAUGCAGAAAUCUGCAAGAUUUGAACUUAUCGGAGUGUUCAGGAGUAACGGAUGAAACAGUCAAGAAUGUUGCCAUGGGCUGCACAGCUUUACUGUACCUAAACUUGGCUAAAACGCCUAUUUCUGAUGCGUCUCUCAGAUAUCUCGGAAGGUACUGCACAAACAUGCUUUACCUGAGCUUGGCUUUCUGCACAAAGUUUACCAAUAAAGGCCUUAGUUACAUGGCGAAUGGGAAAGGAUGUCACAAGAUAGUGCACCUUGAUUUGUCUGGAUGUGAGCAGGUAACAGAGGAAGGCUACAGAUUUAUUUCAAGAGGUUGUAGCACUUUAACAACGAUUAUUUUGAAUCAGCUCCCAGGAUUGAGAGAUGACUGUAUACAGGCAUUGACAUCUGAAUGCCGCACAUUGAAGAACGUGUCGAUCUUGAACUCGCCAUUACUUUCGGAUGCUGCAUUUAAAUGCUUAGCAUCUUGUAGAAGACUUAACAAGAUUAGAGUCGAAGGAAACAAUCGUCUCACUGAUGCAUCACUCAAAGUGUUGGCCAGGAGCUGUCCGCUGCUCCAACACGUGUACUUUGUUGACUGCCCCAGAAUGACUGAUCUGGCUCUUAAGGCUUUAGCUACUUCCAAGCAUCUCCUCGUGGUCAAUGUCGCAGAUUGCGUUCGGAUACAAGACACAGGAGUUCGGCAGAUCGUCGAAGGCUCGUCAGGCGCUAAACUGAAAGAAUUGAAUCUAACAAACUGCGUGCGAGUCAGUGACGUUACAUUGUUAAGAAUUGCCCAACGAUGCCACAAUCUUGUGUAUGCCAGUUUUUGCUACUGCGACCACGUGACAGACGCCGGGGUAGAAUUACUGGGUACCCUCCCAUCUCUCAUGUCACUGGAUUUGUCCGGGUGUAACAUUCAGGACCAAGGUGUGGCCGCUCUUGGUAACAACCCGCGCUUUCGUGACAUCACGCUCGCUGAAUGUCCAAAUAUUACUGAUUUGGGUCUACAGAAAAUGUGUCAGCAGUGUAGACAAUUGGAGAACUUCAAUGUUUCCUGUUGCAGGGGUUUAACUGAUAACGCCAUUAAAAACCUCGCCUUCUGUUGUCGAUUACUUCGCACGCUGAACCUCGCCGGCUGUAACAAGUUGACAGAUUCAAGCCUUCAGUAUUUAUCAGACAAAUCGUUACGGUACUUGAGGAAAGGAUGCAAGGGUUUGUCGUCUUUGACGAUCCUCUACUGUAGAAAUGUUACAAAAUCUGCUGUUCAGAAGCUUCAAACCAAAUGUUCACAUGUGCUCCACAGUUCUGACGAUCCAUCUCCAGCUAUAGGAAAUUAAACGACCACUUACACAUAUGGCGUCAAGUCCCUUAGAGGCCUACAGUUUUCGCUGGAAUUCCUGAGGAAUGUGACUGUUGUUUCAAGAGAAGGAUAGAGCUCAAAAUUUUCAUCGUUUUAACCAUCUUGUUGAAACGGUGCUAUAGAUUGUAUAUAUUGUUGUAUAUAGGUUUGUUAAAAGUACAAUAUUUUUUGUUUUAAAAUUCACACAACUUUGUGUAAGUGUAGAAAGUUAAAUUUUAUUUCAUUGAUGUAAAAAAAAAAUUGUAAAAUACCAU